AUGAGAACAACCCGCACAGGAACCGCCUCUGUCUUAGACACAACUCUGACACGCCUCAUAGACGAUGUGAUAGAGAAUGGAUCGAGUUUUCUUGCAGACGACGAGAACUUGCAGCAUUACAAGCACCACUUGAGCCAUCUUGAGACAGCAUCAAAUAUAUCACUGCUCCGAGAAUGUUUAUGCGUGCGACCGCCUUUACCGCUUUUGCCAGAAGAUCUACUUCAAGAUAUCGAUACCAUCCUCGCGCGGCUUCACCAGCACAAAAUUGUCACUCCCAUUUCCUCACUCCUACCAUCGCGGAUGCUUCAACAUGAUGAACAUCGAGCAACCAAGAUUCAUCUCUGGAGAGGCGAUAUCACCACUUUGACUGGCGUUACAGCUAUUACGAAUGCCGCCAACAGCCAGGGCCUGGGAUGUUUCCAACCGACGCAUCGAUGUAUCGAUAACAUCAUCCAUGCUGAGGCAGGACCGCGGCUACGGGAGGAGUGCUUCCAGCGGAUGCAGGCCAGAGGAAAGCAGCUUCAGCCUGGGGAAGUGCUUGUCACUGGAGGACAUGCGCUCUUCGCUUCUUCGGUGAUGCACACCGUUGGGCCGCAGCUUAAGAGAGGUGCCUCGCCUACUGAGACAGAGAGGAGGCAACUGGCAAAGUGCUAUGAGUCAAUUCUUGAAGCGCUGGAACUUUUACCGUGUGAGGAAGAUGGAAGCAAGUCAGUUGCUCUUUGCUGCAUCUCGACAGGCUUGUUUGCAUUUCCAGCGGAUGAGGCAGCUGAAAUCGCAGUGUCAACCGUCACGUCUUGGCUUCAGGAGCAUCCGUCAACGACGAUUACAGAUGUUAUUUUCAACACGUUUACCGAAUCGGACACCGAGAUCUACUCGAACCUUCUUGGUCCUUCCCCAACAAAAACACUCACACUUACCAAGAGCCUUCCACACGGCUCUCUCAACUUAGCGCGUGACUGGCUCUCUUCAGCAGAUGCUGUCCUCGUCACAGCCGGCGCAGGUCUGUCAGCCGCAGAAGGCCUGGACUACCACUCUCGAGACCUCUUCAAGCGGAACUUUCCGGGUUGUCUCAAACUCGGUUUGACGUCAUUAUAUAGCGUUUUUGGCUUUCACGACUGGCCUUCGGAGGAGCAUCGCUGGGGAUAUUUCUUCACCCAUUUAAACAUGGUGGUCAACUGGUCCAACACGCCGACUUACCAGACUUUGAUCCCAUGGGUGAAGAGUUUUGGGCAAGAUGCAUUCGUGCGCACGUCAAAUGCAGAUGGAUUGUUUCUCGCAAAUGGCUGGCCAAAAGAGCAACUUUCUACUCCGCAAGGCUCGUAUGGGUAUUUGCAGUGCCUGAAUAACUGCAGAGUUGACGCUGUCGUGCCAUCGGCUCCUUUUGUAGCUGAUGCCAUGCCUCACAUCGAUAAGGCGACGCAAAAGCUGUUAGAUUCGAGCAAGAUUCCGUUGUGUAGGUUCUGCGGCUCAAAGAUGAGCAUCUGCGUUCGAGCAGGUUCGUGGUUCAAUCAGGCGCCUUUCAAAGAAGGCGAGGCUCAAUGGAAAGCAUGGAAGUCUCGGGUUCUAAGAGAAAAGAAGAACCUGGUAAUUCUGGAGCUCGGCGUCGGGACGAAUACUCCGGGUGUUUUGCGAUGGCCGAAUGAAGAUUUGGUGAUGCGAAGUGACGGGCGAGUCAAGCUCAUUCGAGUUGGCAUGGGCCCAGAGGCGAUGGUGCAAUGGGAGCAGGAAGACGAGGGUCUGAGCACUUGUAUUCAAGGCGAUAUCGGGCGCGCGAUUCCUCUGUUGCUAGAAUGA